GUAUGAAGGUGGACUUUAAAAAAAAACCCACAGCCUCUGUGUCGUCGCUUGAGGCAAGUCAUUCAUUGAAGCAUGGGGUGCAUUUUGGAGGGGUUUCUGUGGGCCUGGAUUAUCCUGGAGUCUGGGGUGUAUUCAGUUACACUGCCAGAAAUAACAGAUAGGAAAUUCAUCGAUGAAUGUGUGAAGGAACACAACAGGGCGCGGUCAUCUGUCAGUCCGCCUGCAAAUAACAUGCUGCAUAUGACUUGGGAUGACAACUUGGCCAUUACAGCCAGAUCAUGGGCACGACAAUGUGUGUUUGAACACAACCCUGACCGAGCGCACCCCUCCUUUGCCUCAGUAGGAGAGAACGUAUGGACAGGUUACCCACCAUCAUCUUUCGAUGUGACGGGUGCAACACAAAGUUGGGUGGAUGAAAAACAAUAUUAUGACUACAACAGCCAAGGCUGCACAAAUGUCUGUGGCCACUACACCCAGGUUGUGUGGGCGAGCAGCUACAAGGUUGGAUGUGCAGCCCAUCUCUGCCCAAAUGGUGUUAAAGGAACUCACUUUGGUCCUAGAGAAGGGGUCGUUUUUGUAUGCAACUAUGCUCCAGCGGGUAAUGUGAUUGGAAGGAAACCAUAUGAAUCUAAAGGAGCAGCCUGCUCUGGAUGUGAAGGCGCCUGUGUGAACAAUCUCUGCGGCAACGAUUGGACCUCUGUGACCAGAGGAUCAAACUAUGUGGCUAUCCUGGUGGUCCGGCCGAUUGCCCUCAUACUCACCUUCGUUGCAGCCUAUGCAGUCCGACACUUUUACCCCGAUAUCUUCUGCUAUGAAUAGACCUCCUGAACUUCUGAAGUGACCUGAAGGACGUGAACUUAUUACCUUAAAGGAAGAAUGUGUGACUUUUUGAUCCAGUAGAUGUCGCCCUUGAGCACCAGCAUGAAACCACAACUAAUGUUCGCACACUUUUGUUAGCUCAUAGCUUCCUAAAGUGAACAAACCAUAUGACGUAUUUAAGUAGCAUCACCAUGGGGUCUAACGAGAAU